UAAACAACGAUGGAGGGAACAAACCAAAAGAUUUUCAGCUUCAUCAAUGAUACAAAUGAGCAGCAAAAUCCCAGAACCCAUAACCAAUCCCCUUAUCUUUCUUUAGCCAAACUUGCACAGAAUUACCCUCCUGGCUUUCCCAGAAAGGUAUUUGCUGAGACUAUAGGCACCUAUCUAUUGGUGUUUGUGUCAAGUGGCUCUGCUGCUCUUAAUGCUAUUGAUGAAAACAGAGUCUCAAAACUUGCAGCUUCACUUGCAGGAGGAUUCAUUGUAACGGUGAUGAUUUAUGCGAUUGGACACAUCUCUGGGGCACACAUGAAUCCUGCUGUCUCCAUAGCUUUUGCCACCGUGAGGCAUUUUCCUUGGAUACAGGUCCCAUUUUACAUUGCAGCUCAACUCACAGGAGCUAUUUCUGCUUCAUAUACGCUGCGAGCACUGCUAGAUCCAGCAAAGCAGCUUGGGGAAACGACGCCUUCUGGAUCAGACAUUCAAGCACUUAUCAUGGAAAUGGUUUCCACCUUCACCAUGGUGUUCCUCGCCACCGCCGUGUCCACUGACACAAAAGCUAUAGGAGAGUUGGCAGGAGUAGCAGUAGGUUCUUCUGUUAGCAUAGCAAGCAUUGUCGCCGGACCAAUAUCAGGGGGAUCAAUGAAUCCAGCAAGGACAUUAGGUCCUGCAAUUGCCAGUGCAUCCUACAAGGGACUUUGGGUCUAUAUUGUUGGACCAAUUACAGGGGCACUUUUAGGGGCAUGGUCUCACACUGUGAUUCAGGAGAAAGAUAAGCCAGAUUCUGUAAUUUCACUAUCUUCCUUUCCAUUCAAACUACGCCAGAAGAUGAAUAAAACUGAGCUAGGUAGCAACAACAACCACCUCAGCUCGGUGUGAAAAUAGUAUUUUGGACUACGCCCACACCCUUUGGAAUGACAUGUCCUAGAGGAUAUCAAGUUCUGUAUAUCAUGUAUCAUCUUUCAGGAUUAGCCAUUAUGUUUAUCCUUCAAUGAAAAAUCAGUUACAUCAAACGUAUAUAAUAUACAACAAUGUGUACAUCUUAAAUGGCAUGAAGUGUGUUAAGGAGGCUUUUGCACGACAGCUACUCGUGACACGCCAAAAGGGUGGUUGUGCAGAUCUACUUAUUUCAUACAUAAAUUUUCGUAUGAAUUUAUCAAUGUAAUUGUUACUGGAAAGUUUUUCAUUUAUUGCGUGAAGUUUACUAAAUUUCAUAUAAGUAAAC